AUGGCUUUUAAGUUUGUCGUCUUCUCUUGCAUCGUGGCAUUAGCCCGCGCUGGUGCCCCCGUGGCUGUGGCGCCAGUCACCGCACAGGUCGUAGCUGCGCCAGUAGCAGCUAGAUUAGAAGAAUUUGACGCAUUACCACAGUACAGGUUCGGUUACAACGUUGCGGAUUCCCUCACUGGCGACUACAAAAGUCAGCAAGAACAACGCGACGGUGACUUAGUCCAAGGAUCGUACUCGCUAGUUGAACCUGAUGGUACGCGCCGUGUAGUGGACUACUCCGCGGAUUCAGUGAACGGAUUCAAUGCAGUAGUACGAAAGGAACCUUUGGUAGCUGCUGCUCCAGCUGUUGUUGCUGAGCCUGUUGUUCCAGCUCGUAUCGCUGCUGCGCCAGUAGCUGCUGCUCCCCUGGUCGCGGCCCCAGUUGCCAGAUACACUGCAGCGUAUACCGCACCGGUUGCAUACUCCGCAUACACAGCUCCAGUUGCCAGGGUAGCUUACAACGCUCCAUUAACAUACCCUGCUCCGGCUAGAUUCACAGCUUACUCGUCACCUCUAGUCGCUCCUGUUGCAAGUUUCGCCGCACCUAUUGUUGCUGCGUAA